AUGAGGACGACACCAAAAGUAGAAAUCUGGAAGACACCAGUACCAUAUCUCUUUGGUGGUCUCUUUUUGCUUGUUUUGCUUAUAGCUUUGGCAUUACUCUCAUUGGUCUGCACACACCAAAAGACUCCUUCUUCUUCUUCUUCUUCUAGCAAUAACAAUCCUAUCGAUCAAGAAGAUAACGUCGUUGACAAGGAAGCUAAGACUAUUACAGGAGAGUACUUACCUAAGAUCGUCGUCAUUUUGGCCGGAGAUGACAAACCUACUUGCUUGGCUGUUCCGGUGGUGAUCCCUCCGCCGUCUUCUAUUUAUCUUUGUAACUGUGACAAUGUUAUUGUCGUCUCAUCAUCAUCCUAA